AUGUAUCAAUGUAACUUUUGUAAACGUUAUUUUUCACGAAAACAAGACCUGACCCAACAUUGUCACCAGCUUCACUCAUAUACCGACCAUUCUCGUACAUUAAAUUGGGUUCAGGAUCAACAAUCAAGUUCUAAUAAUAAUAUACGGCAAAAAACUAUUGAUAAUAACGUUUGGAAUGAAAUUGAAGGUUUAGAUAUCUUUUUACAAAUGACAAGUGGUGACGACAAACAAAACAAUGAGAAAUUGGAUUUAAAUAAUGCAGCAGACGUACCUAUAGCCUUCAAUGAAUAUACCUCUUUUCAGAAUUAUGAUUAUACAGAUUAUGAUAUAAGUGAAUAUCAUGAAAUCACCCAAUCGCAAGAAAGUAAAAGCAUCUCUUCUAAAGCAUCAAGCGAAGAUUUUUGUGGCGUGAGUUUAGCUGAUGCAUAUAAAGAUUUGAAUAACGAUUCAGAAUUAACAUUAUGGCCAAGUGAAACGUACAAAGAAUUUAUGAUGGCUGUAACACAAUAUCACCUUUCUGAUGCAGCCUCUGAUUCUAUGUUACGUAUACUAAAAAAACAUUGUACCGAUCAACUUUCUGGAUCUACUAGAAAAGGGCGCACAUUUAUUUAUAAUAUGGAUGUUAAAGGUUUACAAUUUAAAGAAAAAGAACUCCUUACAUUUGAAGAAGAAAUUUAUAAAUUACAUUAUAGGCCAAUUUAUGAUGCGAUAAAAAGUCUGGUUUCAAAUUCAGAUUUGAGUAAAGACUUUCUUUUCAAUUAUGAAGAACAAUGGGAAUAUGGUCUUGAUGGGUCACUUGUACGUGUAUAUUCUGAACAAAAUACUGCAGACUGGUGGCGUGAAAGAUAUAAUCCAUUUAGCAAGAUUCUGGCCUUUAUGAUCUACAUUGAUGGAACUACUCUUGAUACUCUUUGGCGAAAAUCUGAGUAUCCUAUUUUCUUAACCCUUGGAAAUAUUCCAAAUUUACGCCUUAAUUUACCUGAUUCAAAGGUUCUUAUUGGAUUUUUACCACACUUAACUACGCGAGAUAAUAAAUUGCGAAAUUCAAAGGAAUUUAAGCAAAAGCAACGGGAUUUGAAGCAUCGUGCUUUGAAAUAUUUAUUAGGUCCACUUCUUAAGGAGGAUGAUUUACGUAAUCAUGAAAAUAUGCAAGAAGCUAUUGCUUCUCACAAUGCAGAAAAUUGUUCCAUUCACGAAUAUGACAAUUUUUUCUGGAAUUUUAGAAUGAUGAACAUAUAUGAUGCAGCAGCACUAGAUCGUAUGCAUUUACAAGAAAUCGGAUUAUUUCCAUAUAUGCUUGAUUAUACAAGAGAUAUGCUCAUGUAUCAGUAUGGAAAUCGAAUAAUCAGUAAAAUGGACAAUCGACUGGCUACUAUUACACGAUUUAAUAAUUUAAGAAUAUUAAAAAAAGGUUAUCAACAGGGUACAAAAUUUACAGGAGGUGAAAUGCGAGAUGUUAUGAAGAUUAUUGUAUUUGUCCUUGAUGAGCUGUACACAACAGAUAAUAAAAUUAAUCAAAACCAAACAGAUAGUAAUUUAUAUACUAUUGCUUCAUGUAAAAACCUUAUUAUAUGUUACAUUAAAUUUAUUAAGAUGUAUAUUACGUCACGAAAAAAGAAAUUUAAUGAAGAUGAUUUAAAAAUCUUCGAACGUGAAAUAAUUGAUUGGUCUAAUGAUUUUGUAAAUAUAUUUGCGCAAUUCUCCCCUAGUGGACUUCAGUUACCAAAGCUUCAUAUGUGGAUAUAUCAUACUAUUCAUACCAUUCGGCGAUAUGGUUCAUUAAAUGGGCUGACAACUGAUACGUACGAAACGCUUCACAAAAAUUGGGUUAAAAAUCCAUAUAGAAUGUCUAAUAAAAAGAAUACACAUAAUCAAAUGUUAAAGACG